CAAAUAUUUAAUUAUUAUUAAGAGUACCAGUAUAUACUAGAAACUGGGAAUAAGGUGUUUUCAAAUCACUAUCUAGAGCUCGCUUUUGCGUAGCUAUGGCGGAGGAAGAGGAGGAGCACGCAUUCCUCGCUUCCACAGCGCCGCGCAUUUUGAGAGCGUUUGAUGUCCAGCAGCGCGGAGAGGACGAGGAUCGACCGAUUCCGCACCCGCUGCCGAGGUCGCGUCUCCUCUGGGUGUCGCUGCUCGUUCUCCUGGCCGCGAUCUCGGCUGGAGGAAUCGCGCUUCUCUUCCGUGCGCCCGGCAUUGGAUUCCACACCGCUGGAUCGGCCCGGGAUGGAGCAGCAAUGGUGCUGGGGUUUCACUUCCAGGCGCCCACAAACAGCAGCAUCUGGAUGAUCAGUCCAAACGCCCCGGUGUUCUAUCGCGGAUUCUACCAUCUCUUCUACCGAUUCACCACUCCAUCGUCGUCCAAGAGCAAGAACCAGAGCUCCUGGGGCCACGCCAUCGCCAAGGACCUCCUCCACUGGACGCAUCUCCCCACGGCGCUGGAUCCCGGGCCAGAGAGGUACGACGAGCAAGGAAUUCUUGGCGGAUCCAUGACGCUUCUCGUACAGGGUCCCGUGAUCCUCUACACUGGAAUCUCCAGCGAUGGCGCCACCACACAGAAUGCCGCUGUCCCGGUCGAUCCAGGCGACGCCAUGCUCAAGCACUGGAAGAAGAUCGCCCAAAACCCUCUCAUUCCAGCAGGAGGAAGGGUGGCGAUGAGAGAUCCAAGCAGCGCGUGGAGGGAUUCUUCUUGGCGGAUCCUUCUUGGCGGCGAGAAUGCCAGCGAUGGCGUUGGAUUGGUCUACUGGAGCAACGAUUUCCUGGACGGGGAGUGGAAGAGGCUGGAGACACCACUGCUGCGAAUGCCAGGAGCUGGGAUUUUGGAAUCUCCAGAUUUCUUCCAGGUUUCCGAGAGCAAGCACGUCGUCAAGGCGAGCUUGCGCGAUGACCCAGCCGCCACCUUUGGAUCCGACAGCUAUGCCGUGGGGAGAUACUUCUCAGAGAAUGGGAGCUUUGUUCCAGACGACGACCAUGGAGCUGGAAGAACUCUUGGGCUCCGCUACGAUCACGGCAACAGCUUCUUCGCCUCCAAAUCUUUCGCGGACACUGACAAGGAUCGUCGAGUGCUCUGGGCGUUGCUCCCGGAAGAUCCUCCCAGCAAGGUGGCGGCUCGAGCUCCUCCCGUCCAAAGCAUUCCUCGAAAGUUGUGGCUCGGUAGCGACGAAGACGAGGAGGAACUGCUACUCCAGCUUCCAGUGGACGAACUCGCGAGCUUGCGAAUCGGUCCCGGGAUCCACAUGGCCGAUGUCACGCUGGAGCCGGGUGCCGUGAUCCAAGUUGGAGGAGACGCUCUUCCGCAACUGGACGCGGAGCUCGUCUUCGAGCUUCCAGAUCUCACCACCCAGAUGAGCAUGGAGAACUUCGACGUCGAGUUUAGCAGCACUGGCAACGCGGCCGCGCACUGCCGGAAGAAAGGAGCUCGAGUGAAUGGUAUCCUGGGACCGUUUGGAUUGCUGGUGCUGGCCACUGGAGAUCUCGCCGAGCACACCGCCAUCUUCUUCCACCUCGGGAGAUCCAGAAAGGGCCCUGUUGCUCUAGUCUGUGCCGAUCACAGCCGAUCAUCACUGGCAAACCAUCCCGAGGAAGAUCUGUCCGCUGCUGCUUUGCAUGGAGCCUUCGUCCACCUGGAUGAUCCAACCGUGUUUCGCAAGGUGGCGAAGGCGGAGGUGGAGGUGCUGGAGCUGCGAGUUCUGGUGGACAACUCGGUGGUGGAGACGUUUGCGCAGGGCGGGAAGAUCAGCAUCACUUCCAGAGUGUAUCCAACGCUGGCAAGGGGUGACGCUGCUCGGCUCUUUCUCUUUAACAACGGCAGCAACGCUGUCCGGUUGAAAAGGCUGGACGCUUGGACGAUGAAAGCCGCGGAAGCAACGCUCUUGUAACAUUAUUCUUGACACUGG